CAUGCUGCAGCAUAAAUUAAGACCCAGCCCUCGAGGCAAUAUAGUUGCAGAGCUGCUGAUUUCAGACCCAGUUUGCCGAGACCGCCUAGCUCAGCUUCCCGCUGACCAAACUUCCUCUUCAACAUCUGGUCCGUUUCUUUUCCCUUGGCAGGAAAAAAGAUGGCAGCGUGGUGGAUCUGUGUCCUCCUCUUUGCCAGCCUCUCAGAAACAUCUCUCCAGGAAAAUCUGCGAGGCUAUUCCCUCAUUUUCUCCCGCAAAGGGUACGUGUCCCUGGAGGUGGACCAACCUCGAGAGCUUCUCCAGAACAUCACCAUCUGCCUCUGUUCUUUCUCCGACUCGCAGUCCAAACAAGCCCUUUUCUCGUACGCCACCAAAGAUCAAGACAAAGAAAUCUUGAUUUAUAAGGCUCGUGGCGUGGAUGGGUUUUGGUGGUACACAGUCUACAUUGGCGGGACGGCUGAGUACUUUCGAGUCCCAGAUUCCUACCUGGAUUGGCAGCGGAUCUGUAUCACCUGGGCAUCAGAGACGGGAGUGCUCAGCUUGUCGAUGGACAGAAAUCUCUUGGCCAGGAAGGUUGUACAGCCAGGCUAUUUCAUCAAACCUCAUGCCUUGGUGCAGCUCGGACGAGCCCACCAUGAGGACAUUUUCUUCCAUGGAGAGAUCCAUCAGGUGCACAUGUGGAAUUAUACUGUCAAUAUCCUCCUAUAUCCCAGUGAAAUGCCCUACCUAUCCUCCAUGAUCAGCUGGAACAACAUGAACUAUACAACUCAUGGCAACGUGGCUGUGGAUUACAUCCUCUCUUCACCCCAAUCCUGUCCGUUUUGA